GCAUCCAUUCGAGCUUCACAAAACUAGUACUCCAACGUGUGCUCCUUUCUCAAGUGUGUGUGUCCGUGAGCUAGCUUUAGUAUUAGUGCAGUUUAGCUACACGUACAGUACAGACAUCCUUCAACGACAAUCAUGGUCGGCGCUCAAGAGCAAGGGCUGAAGCUGCUGGUGCCGCGGAGCGGCGUGAGCAUAUACGCCAUCCGCGUCCAGAUGGCGCUUGCCAUGAAGGGUCUGGCUUACGACUACCUCCCCGAGGACCCCAGGUGCAAGAGCGACCUCCUCCUCGCGUCCAAUCCCGUGCACAAGACACUGCCCGUCCUCAUCCACAGCGGCAGGCCCGUCUGCGAGUCGCUCAUCAUCGUGGAGUACCUUGACGAUGCAUUCCCCGGCAACGGCGCGUCCAUCCUCCCCGCCGACCCCUACCGCCGCGCCGUCGCCCGCUUCUGGGCCGCCUAUGUCGACAACAAGAUGUUCCCUUCGUCCAUCGGCAUUCUCAAUACGGCGAAUCAGCAGGAGAGAGCUGACAAGGUGGAGGAGACCUUGGCAGCUUUCGGGCUCCUAGAGGCCGCCUUGGCGGAGUGCUCCAAAGAAGGCGAGGCGGAGGCGCCGUUCUUCGGUGGUGGCUCCAUCGGGUUCCUGGACAUCGCGCUCGGGUGCUAUAUUCCCUGGUUCGAAGCGAUAGGCCGCCUUGCUGGCGUGCCGCCGUUCCUAGACGCGGCGAGGACACCAAAGCUGGCUGCGUGGGCGGGGCGGUUCAGCGCCGCCAAGCCGUUCAUUGCCCUGCUGACUGCGGUGGACAAGGUGGAGGAGUACAUCACUAAGGUGCUUUAUCCAAAGUGGAACGUCGCUGUCACAGCUAGCAACUAAUUAAAGAUCAUGUAUUUCCAUUGCCGGCAGGGGAUCGUGUCGAUCCAAUAAUUACUUUGCUUUCCGAGUUAACUGUUAGAUAGAUUGAUUGGCUCUCAAGGCAACUAUGUAAUUUUUUGGCUCUCAAGUAACUUUGAGUUUACUUUUAAGUAACAUGUGUAUUUUUGUCGGGUACAAAUACCUCGUUUCUAUCAUCGAUAAAGAUUAAUGGAUCAUCUUUCAUUCAA